UUGGCCGGCGCCGAAGGUGGCGAGGUCGGUGGUAGGGCAAAUGACGGGUUUCUCCUUCAGUCCUCGCUCUCCACCGCCACCACCGCCGCUUUACCUUGCAUUCUUUCCGUUGUGAUACGGUCGUCGUAUAUAGUCCAAUUUAAGGCCUCUCUCUCCUUGGAGCUUUUCCUCCCUUUUCUUGCCGACCAAGACAUGAGAUGAAAACAGCUGUCGGAUGUAGUAAGCCUCCUCGCUUCCGAUCCCUUGCGUCUCCUCUGAUCUCACUUCACAGAGGAAGAAGUCCUUGGAUUCUUCGGCCGAUCGGAUCCUGAUCCUUUUGACAAACAAGAAGGAAAGGAGAGGAAAGGCAAAGAAAAGAGAGAGAGAGAGAAGAUAUGGCAAUAAAGAGAAGGGAAAUUAAAAUGUAUAUUGAAAAAGUGAUGAUAUUGUGCAUCCAAACUAGCUACAGAUCUGCUCGGGAUCAUCCUUUUGUUUUUGCUCUGGUGUUAUUCUUGCUUGUACUAUACAUAUCGUUUCCUUGUCUGUUUGCCUUCCUGGUUUCUUCCUCUCCUGUCAUUGUCUGCACAACUCUUCUUCUUGGACUCCUCCUGAGCUAUGGAGAGCCAAAUAUUCCUGAAAUUGAGAAAGAGGAUGAGAGGACUCGGGACAUGCCUUCGGAGGAAAUUGGGGGCUCUUUUAAGCAUCUGUAUGUCAAGGAAGAUGACAACUUAAUGGUUGAAGAACAUGUAGAAUACAGAUCCCAUCAUGAGGGAAUUGCAUCCAUGGCUACAGAAAGGAGUAAUGCAGGUGAGGAUAUCUAUGAGGCAACAAAUCAAAAUGAAGGAACCAAGAAGUUAGAUGCUAUCGUGGCCACAAAGUCAUUAGAUGGGGAAGUGAACAGAGAGAAUUACAAUAAAGAGAAGGUAAUUCAAGAAAAAGAACUCCAUGGUCAAGAGAUCUUCAAGGACAGGUACCUUUAUGUUGAGAAUCCAGGUGUAACAGGAGUUGGCAAAAUUAUCAGUUCUGUUGGCAUUGCAGAUAGGCAAGAAACUGAGGACCUUAUGCUGGAGAAUGGCGAGCCUGCACUGGACCAUCAUUUCGAUUCUUCUCUAGGAUUGCCUUGGCAGUCCAUUGAUAAUGAUCAUGCUUCUUCUGAUACUGAUUCAGAUAGAGCAGAGAGUUCAUCUCCUGAUGCUUCUAUGGCUGACAUCAUUCCGAUGCUUGAUGAACUUCACCCUCUUUUAGAUUCUGAACAUCCUCAGCACGUAUCUAUCUCCAAGUCAGAUGUAGACACUGAAGGCUCAUCGUCAGACCAUGAACCAGAUGAUAAUAGUGUUGAUGAAGAAGGUGAAAACCAUGCAGAGGAAGAAGAUGAAGAAGCACAGGAGGAGAAGGAUGACGGCAUGGAAGCUGCAGUGAAGUGGACCGAAGAUGAUCAGAAAAAUGUCAUGGAUCUUGGGUCUUCUGAAUUGGAGAGGAAUCGGAGGUUAGAAAGUUUAAUUGCAAAGCGAAGAGCAAGAAAAAAUCUGGCAUUUCUGAUGGAGAGAAAUCUUAUUGACUUAGAUGCUAGUGACUCUUUUCUUAGCAGGGAUGAUCUAUCACGCUUCCGUGUCCAGGUUCCACCCAUUUCAGCACCAAGAAGAAAUCCUUUUGAUAUUCCCUAUGAUUCAGAGGAAACAAUGGAUUUGCUGCCAAUUCCAGGCUCUGCUCCCUCUUCUCUGCUGCCCAGAAGAAAUCCUUUUGAUAUUUUCUAUGAUGAGCAAGAACAAAACAGCAGCCUCACAGGUGAGACGUGGGGUCACCAAGAUUUUGUGUCAGCUCCACAUCGUGAGGUGUUAUAUAGAAGGAAUGAGACCUUCAGCUUAGGAACAAGGGAACUUCAACAAGAGAGACCUCAUUCAAGGUUGAAGUCCUACUUUGUUGCAGAGAAUAUGGAUUCUGAGGGAAGUUCUACUUUUCAUAGACAAUUCAGUGACAAGAGUGAGUCGAAAGUAAGUUAUAUUCCAGAAUCCGACACAGUUUCUUCAGUUACAGAUCAGGAAUAUAAGAGAGAGCUAGAAAAACAGGAAUUCCAACAGGAAACUGAACUGACUCCUCUUGGUAAACAUGAUGCUGAUGUUGUGGAUAAUGGAAGUCACACAACUGAAGAAGCAGAAUUGGUUGAUAUUGAAGUAAAGAAUGUGCAUCUAACUGAUGAUCUUGAAAUUGAUGUGGAUACUGACCUCAUCAUUCAAGAAAGUGAUCAAGUUGUUGAAGAUUCUGGAGCAGUAGAAGAAGAUAUUAGAGAUGGAAUACACUUAAAUCCACCCAUUUCAGAUUAUGAAAAAUUAGAUGUGGUCGAACAGAGGUAUGAUCAGCCACACUCAUCUUCAUCAGAUGAAGACAAGAAGGAUUCAGAAACAACCUUUUCUGAACAGUCAUUAAAUUUGGAACAAACAAGAAAUCUCAGAGAAUCUGAUUAUUCAACAAGGGUUGAUCAAGUUCAUGACUAUAAAGUUGCAGAACCCAUCUAUGAUUCUAGUCCACUAGUGGCUGGAAAAUCUUUCUCUGAACUAUCAACAGUUGAUGAAGCUGAAACUGAUGCAGUGGGCGCAGGUCAAGGAGACAACACUAGUUCUUCAGUGAAAUUUCAUAUGCAGAAGGAAGUUUCAGAAGUGGGUUCUUCUCCAAGUUCAAUCGAGCAAAAUGCUGCAACACCAAUUGGAGAUUUUGUAUCUGUCAAUGCAAGCGUGGAAGAGAUGGCAUCUGUCAGCACAGGGCCCUUCACAUCUGAUCAGAGUUUAAUUUCCAUAGAAGAAAAUGAAUCAAGAUCAAGGGAGAUUACUGACAUUAGCAAAUAUGAUGAUGUUAUAGUUGGAAAGUCAGCUUCUCAAGAAGGUUCCAUUCAUACAAUUUCAUGCAUGAUAGAUGAGCUAGCAGCAGCAGACAGUAUCAAUCACACAAAUUCCUCUUCAUUGACAGCUCAGUCUAGAGAGGCUGAUCCGAUUGUUGUGAACAUGAGUCACUACACCGAAAUAGAAGAGACGGUUGAAAUUACAGAGUCUUCUUAUUCAAAUAUCUCACUCUUAUCUGAUGAUUCAGUUUCAUCUGAAUUGCAGAAACCAGUGCCUUUCAUGGAAAAGUAUAGUUUGAGUUCUGAUCACAUCACUGUUAAAGAUUCUCAACUCAGCAAUUUGGACUUGGCUUCAAUCUCUGAUGACAGUCGAGAAGAUUUCAAACAACAAGACAAGGAUCCAGGCGUCACAAAUGAAGAGCUCAAGGUCAAUGUAUCUGAUAUUGAACAACAGGCCUCUUUCUUUUGGAAGUCUAGAGAAGAUAUUAGUCAUAUGGAUGAUUGUGACAAGCUUUUUCACAAACCAGAAGUCAGCACAUCAGAUCUCCUAUCUGCAGGUCAUAUUCAUGAUGGUAGUUUAACUGGGUUACAGUUGAUAUCACUGACAGAAAGCAUAACUGAGAUCAAGGCCUCUUCUGGCAGUGACCUGUCUGCAUCAAGAGAUGGAAUCAUAACUGAAGUGCUAACCAAGUAUGAAGAUGGUUCUCUGAAGAUGGUAGAUAGUUCUGAUGAGGAAUCUGAUGAGAUCCAUCCUGUGGUCUUGGAGACUGAUGAGAUGGAUGAAAGUUUGCCAACAGCAAUGGAUGGAACUGCAGAUUUUCACAUAGAAGAAUUGUCAUCUAAUCAACGAGGAUCAUUAUUCAUGUUUCAAAUGGAUAGCCAGUCUGAAGAUAUUAGCUCUGCUUCCAGAAGUUCUUUUGUGCAUGACAAUACACAGCUGCAAUUUUCUGAAGACAGAUCCACUCAAUAUGAUGAUAUAUCAUCCAACCAACCCUCUAAAGGCAGUUUUAUCGAGUCUCAGGAGGUGAGUUCAGCAGUCAGCCUGCCUAGAGUUAUAGAAUCAGAAAUUGGGUCUUCAUAUAGUUCUAGCGGGAACUUCGAGCAGAUUGUUUACAAUCCUAAGGUUCAUGUUUUUGAAGCAAGCUUGGUUCAAGAGGUUAACUCAGCAUCUAAUCAGCCCCUUCAAAAGACCAUGGUGCCUAGUGUUUCUGAUUCGAAGAUUGGCGAGCCAAUGACAGCAAAACUUAAUCUUCAGUUGAGAGAAAUGGUUGCUGCUGAAAGCAAUACAACAGAUUCAGAGCUUCUAGUUGUUGAGGCAAGAUCUGUCGAAGAUAUUCACUCGACUUUCAAACAAAUUAGUGAAGAAUUGCUUGAAAAAUCAUUAUAUCAUGAAGUUGGAUCUCAAAACUUACAUGAGUCCAGAUCUCAGAAUUUACAGGGUACUGGCGAUCUCGAUUCCAAGCAAAUGCAAUCUGAUCUGCAUGUUGAAGCAAAAUCCAUUGAAGACAGAGACAUGGCUUUUAGCCAGCUGUCACAUAGCACCAGCAAGAAAGCCCCAAAAGCGACGGGAGCAAUAGAUGGAUAUCUAGAAGUUUGUGCAAGUGAGGAGCAAUUGGAAACCAAGGUUGUUGAAGUGCAGUCUGCUGAUGAGAUUAGUUUCGCUUUUAAGGAACCUGUAGCAAGUGAAACGAGCACAAGCAUGGAACAAAUUGGUGAAAAAUCAGGAGCUGAAAUAGUGGGUGAUGUUCCUGCCUCCAAAACUUUAACAUCAAAGAAAACACAGAAGAAACACAAGCGUAGGAACUCCGUCUCAAGCUCAAGCUCAAGCUCUAGUUCUAGCUCAAGUGAUUCUGAUUUCUACGAAAAUAAGAAAGACGACUAAGGUGAAAACUCAGACGGUGAUGAAAAAUUUUGUGGUCUUCACAGUUGAGGUUUUAGUGCAACUGGUUUUUGUGGAUAGUAUUCACUGGAGUCCCUGUGUAUUUUGUAUUUGUCUUUUGAUAGCUUAUUGGUGGAGUUGAAGUUCAUGGUUUUGCCGAUUUUUCUUAGGCGAGUCUUGCAAUGUAAUUUUCUACUUGUGGGAGUCCCAUAUAGGUAUUUGUCUUUUGAUAGUUAUGUGACUACAAUUCUAUUGUGUGGCUGUUUUCUGUGAGUGAGUCUCACAAUGCAAAUAUCUGCAAAGGCUAGUGAGUGAUCUUUCCAGUGAAUGAUUAGCUUUCAGAGCAUUUAUUUUA